AUGGUGGUGCAAAAUGGAGAGAAAAUUCAAGGUUACUGUAACACGUUCUUUAGAAAUUUUACUAUAGAUAAAGACGAUUUCAAUUGCACCGGCAUUGAUGAUGACAAGUGCGUUUACUUUUCAUAUCUUAGGGAUAGAAGCAAAGAAGUAUCUGGUAAGAAGACUUUGAAUAUGCGUUGUGUUAAUGAUACUCUGCGUUACGGAGAAAUUAGUAUAACGAAAGGACAAACGCUUAGUUGUGUCGACGCUGAAUGGACUGUAAGCUGGGGCAAGCCGAAUGUAGGGCGAAGAGAAAUAAUCUGGUGCGCAGAAAACCAUCGCAUUUUAAUUCUAAUCACUAAGAAUUUCGAUAAAAGUCCAGUCCUGGCCUAUAUAUGUUUCGAUAUAAAUAACUUGUCGCCGCAGGCAGUGCAUUUUAGAACAAAUUAUCAAGUAUUUAAACUAUGGAAUAUCUGGAAACUGAAGCCUCCUACUAUUGAAGACCUCGAGCUGGCCGACGGUUUUGGCCCGGAAAUUGAGUCCUUAAAUUCUGCUCAGCUACAUGGCAGUAAUGAAAUCUUGGAAUUGCAAUUGAAUGAAUUAAGUGAAAAUAAUUCUUGGGUCAGUAUGGCCAAUUAUGAAUAUGGAUCUCUUGUACAAAGCAGCCCAUAUUUGUCUUAUUUUCAACACUAUGGCCAGUUAAUAGAUGUUAUUUGGUGGCAUAAUCUACGAGUUUUUAAUUGGCGCCGUUUCUUGAAUGCUUUGCAAAUGCAUUUCGAAGAAUUGAACAACUAUAGGAUCUAUUUAGGGACUUUAGGCGUAAUUCGAGUGCCUAUAUGGACUCUGCAUUCAAAAAUCACUUGGCUGGAAAUUCAGUCGAGCAACUAUCACCACACUAUACCGGCGUAUAUAUGGCUGUAUAUGGAACCACUUAAUAAUAUGACAAAUAUGAAUUUAUAUAUAUUUGGCUAUAAUUCGCCGUAUUUUUCCGUAAGCAAAAAAAAAAUAUUUAAUUCAAAUGACGUAAUUUUUUGCCCUAACAUUUGUAGCGAAGUGCCUUGGCUCAGGCAGGCUCAAUUAACGUUUCAUUUUGCCAAUGCUGGCAUAAUAUUCUGCUGCACAAACCAAUCGAUUAAAGAUGAACGUUACGUUCGCGCCUUACCUAAGAGCAAUCCAGCCUAUAAAUUAAAUAUCUUCACAACAACAUCAUCUUCCACCAACGACGAUCUAAAUGAUGACUAUCAUUAAGAAAACCGCAUUGUGUGCUCUAAAGUUGGCAAAAAUUUAGUGAAUAUUUUUUAUAAUUUAUAAGAAACGAAAAACGAAAAAGCAAAC